AUGUCUCGAAGAUAUGAUAGCCGUACAACAAUCUUCUCCCCGGAAGGACGUCUUUACCAAGUGGAGUAUGCAAUGGAGGCAAUUGGUAAUGCUGGUACUGCUAUAGGGAUUUUGUCAAAAGAUGGGGUUGUUCUGGUUGGCGAAAAGAAAGUCACAUCCAAGCUGCUGCAAACCUCAACUUCCACUGAGAAAAUGUACAAGAUUGAUGAUCACGUUGCAUGUGCCGUUGCUGGAAUUAUGUCUGAUGCCAACAUCCUAAUCAAUACUGCUAGGGUCCAGGCACAACGUUAUGCAUAUGCUUACCAAGAGCCAAUGCCUGUUGAGCAACUGGUUCAAUCUCUCUGUGAUACCAAGCAAGGUUACACACAGUUCGGUGGUCUUCGACCAUUUGGAGUAUCUUUCCUCUUUGCAGGUUGGGACAAGAAUUUUGGCUUUCAGCUUUACACUAGUGACCCCAGUGGAAAUUAUGGUGGUUGGAAAGCUGCAGCUAUUGGUGCCAACAACCAGGCAGCCCAGUCAAUUCUGAAACAGGACUACAAGGAUGAUAUCACAAGGGAGGAAGCAGUUCAACUUGCACUGAAGGUACUAAGCAAAACUAUGGACAGUACUAGUCUUACCUCUGAAAAGCUUGAACUUGCUGAGGUUUUUCUCUCACCCUCUGGAAAAGUCAAAUAUCAAGUUUGCUCCUCAGAAAACCUGACUAAGUUGUUGGUGAAGUUUGGGGUGACCCAACCGGCAACAGAAACUGCUUAG